AUGAAUCAACGCUCUGCUCUGCGAGUCUGGAAGAAAUGCGGGCGCGUGGGCGGGUGUGGGCGCGUGGGCGGGUGUGGGAGCGUGGGCGGGUGUGGGAGCGUGGGCGGGUGUGGGAGCGUGGGCGGGUGUGGGAGCGUGGGCGGGUGUGGGAGCGUGGGCGGGUGUGGGAGCGUGGGCGGGUGUGGGAGCGUGGGCGGGUGUGGGAGCGUGGGCGGGUGUGGGAGCGUGGGCGGGUGUGGGAGCGUGGGCGGGUGUGGGCGCGUGGGCGGGUGUGGGCGCGUGGGCGGGUGUGGGAGCGUGGGCGGGUGUGGGAGCGUGGGCGGGUGUGGGAGCGUGGGCGGGUGUGGGCGCGUGGGCGGGUGUGGGCGCGUGGGCGGGUGUGGGCGCGUGGGCGGGUGUGGGCGCGUGGGCGGGUGUGGGAGCGUCACACCGUCUUGGGUCACAAGGUCACGGACGGCAGAUGCAAGAGAAGAGCCACGUCUUGCAAUCACGCCACUGAGGUCGAGGAGCGCCCGUAGCGUCUCGGGCGCGGGGCGUGAGUGGCACCGUAAGGAGGCGCCGGGAGAGGCACCGUGCCACCACCUCCGAGACGCGGCUUAG